GAAUAGAUUUUUUCCCAGCACUACUGCACUGAUAUAAAUAAAAUUAGGAAAAUUGAAUUUGUGGGAAAAAAAAAAACUAUUUCUAAACUUUUUCACUACAAUGUCUGAGACACCACGCACACCUGGCACCCCCGGCAGCUUGGCCAUGGAGAUGGUCAAGGCCCAGAACACUGCGCUGGCAGAUUUCAAGAAACCCACAGAUCUCGUGCGACGCAAACACAAACCAAAAAUCUUGACCGAAGAGCAGUACAUUGAAGAAAUGUCCAAGAUCAUACAGCGUGACUUCUUUCCCGAUCUAGAGAAGUUGCGGGCCCAGAAUGAUUACCUUGAGGCCGAGGCGCGUCGUGACUUUCUGCAAAUGGCGGAGAUACGGGCACGCUACAGUCUGGGACGUAUUCCAAGGAUGGGCUACAGGAACGGCAGACGCAACAACCGUAACAACAAUGCCAUGUCCCCGGCUACCUUUGAGACGCCUGUUAGCCAAGGAAGUCGCAGCAACACUCCACUCCAGCGCGCGGACACACCGUGCUCCACCACCAGCGGCAGCAGCGCUCACAGCUCGGCCGAGGGCGGUUCAUUGCCCUCCAAGAUGUCGCUGGAUGCCUUCCUGCAGAGCUAUACGAGCGAGGACAAUCAAAGCUUUCAGGAAAUCAUUGAGACGGCCGAGGAGAAGCUGCGCCAGAAGUAUGCCCUGCUGUACAACCACGAGCAGUUGUCCGCGGAUCAGCUGAAGCGCGCCCUCAUGCUGCCCAGCAUCGAGAAGCAGUUCGAGGAGCCCGAUCCUCUGAGGAAGAUUGAGACCUGGAAGUACACAAACAUGAACUCUGUUAUGUAUGUGCCGGACGGCGUUGAGUUGACCGAGGAUGAGCGUGUGCAGGCAGCGGAACGCCGAAUGAGCAUCCAGCACGAGGCCACCAGACUGCCAGAGAGUUUAAGCAACCAUCAGGAGAUGGAAAAUAAAAAGGAUACAGAUGUAGCAAAUGGAGCAAACAAUUCCACUGCCACACCACGCAUUCGCGGCUUCGAGUUGCUACGUUCCCCCUCACCCCACCCCGGUGUGGCCUUCUCCCCGAUUAUGACCUGGGGCGAGAUCGAUGGCACGCCCUUCCGCCUGGAUGGAGGUGACACUCCACUGCGUCCCACCCAGGGGCCAUCGUUCCGCAUCAACGAGAACUCCCGCCGUGAGAACAUUGCCAUUGCUCUAGCCGAAAGGGUCAGCGAGAAGAUGCGCAACCAGAAACAAGUAGCUCUCGACACUGCCCGCCGCAACAUCGGCUCACCGCUGAUACGCACCAACAUGGAGCGUCUGGCAAGCAUGUCACCGGCUGCUCAGCAUCUGGCCACUGCCAAGCUGGGGUUGCGCGGCACGCCCAGUCUACGCCACACUCCAACGCCGGGCCAAGCGGCCAGGAAGAGAAAGAUCACACCCGGUCUGGUGAAGAGCACAACGCCGCUGGGAAGGCCGAGACGAAUCACAACACCAUCUAGCAACACCAUCAUCGACACGGGCUCCACAAUCACAGACGAUCUGCUCAAGAUCCCCAUAAAGCCACGCAGUGCAGCGGCGGAUUUCUUUUAGCACCUAGUCGAUCUCGGCCUGUGUUACCCCCUAACAAAUAGUCAAUUCCUUUGUUGCGUUUCCAUUUUAAUACAAAUACCCAAUAACCAUA